AUGGAGCGACAACCAUGUGUUCCCAUCUAUACAGAUACUGAUGCAGUCAGAACUUAUACUCUCACGAGAGCCCUUCCCGCGCCAACUUCAAUUUCGGGUACUAUACAUUCCUCAGACUCUACGGCAACCAGUACUGCGUCAGUUGUCGAAACUUUUACAACAAUUAUCACGCGUCCUGUGGUCUAUGUCACAUGUCCUAUUUCUUCGGCUACUUCGACGACUUCAGCGUCACUCCCCUCUGUGAAUAAAACUGCCUCCACUUUGUCAGAUUUCAUAAGGCCGACCGUUACGCAAACGGUCAUAGUCGCUGUCCCUCCUUCGGGCACUACUAAUCUUACAACUCCAACGCCUUUCAUGACUUUAAGUACUCUCUACCCGACUACAACUGCCAUAUUAACGGGAGCCUUGUACACAACUCACGAAAACACCUCCAAUAUACCGCUUACUCGUUCUCUGGUUGUCUCUACUCCAGAUACAAUUACUGCGGUGUCAGCAAACUCUAGUCGGCCCAUUGUCACACGAACAACUAUCGUCACUGCUGUAUCUAGUGAUGCAACUAGAAGCUUAUCAGUUUCAGCCAUUCCUUCACCAAACGUGACUAUAGUUACUUUAUAUGGUACUAUCACUUCAGUCAGGAUAUUAUCCGCCACGCAUACAUUGUUCACCCCCAGUGCCACUACUCUACCUGUUACUCGUUCUUUGAUCGCAUCUUCAUCCGGGAACACGACUAGCACUGUGUUUAUGAAUUCUACCCGCUCAACCGUGACGAAGACGAUUAUCCUCACCAUACCUACUACAACGCAUGUUUUGUCUAGCUCAUCUACACCCUUGCCGUUAACUCGUUCACUUGUUGUAUCUCCGCCAAAAACGAAUGUCAGCCUGCUUACCGAUUCUUCGGGGCCUACAGUCACGCAGACAGUAAUCGUCAACGCUUCACCUACUAGCCUGUCAACGUCCUUUAUUCCUACACAAAACAUUACAGUGAUAACCUUAUAUGGCACUUUCACGACCACAAAGACGGGGACAGUUACCCAUGCGUCACCGACUGCUACGACUCUUACUCCACUUACGCUCACUCGCUCACUUAUUGUUUCGCCUCCUAACGCAACUGGGGCCCCAUCGCCAACUUCUACCCGACCCAUCCCAACGCGCACAGUUACUGUUGUAGUCCCAUUAAGCGUCACUGUCCCCUCAUUGGCUGCGAUCACCGGUCCUCAAUACACAAUAACUGAUACUACUACCACUACAGUAUUGAUAGGAUCCGUAUCUUUGACAUCGACAGCCAGCUCCACUUUUUCAUCACUCCUACCAUUGACUCGUUCUCUAGUAGCCUUUCCUUCGCCUGCAACGUCGGAAUCAACCUCAAUUUUAACUCUGACCCAUACUACCAUCACUCAUACUAUCAUUGUAAGACCUACACCUACAAUAACAUCGACAUCAACGGUAUUCGUAUCAUUGAGUACACAAUAUGCGACCAUAACCACGAUUAAGAUGGGGACAUUGUCCCCCAUCCAACCGACCUUGGCGACCAAUGCUUCUCCAAUCAUGUACCCGACAAAAGCUUCGAGCACGCUGUCAAUCUCAAAUCUAAGUUCGCAUAUAACCGUGACCAGGACCGUGAUUGUUCCACCACUGCCCACAACCACCAUCUUUACCGCAGUCAGCUUAUCGAGUUCUCCAGCGACAACUUUAGUGCUGACCCGCAGUCUCCUGGCUCCGGUGCCAAAUGUACCUACAACUACUUCAAGGGCUAUUGAAACAGUGACACAGACGGCCUGGUAUGUCCCCGUUCCGACCACGGUUUCGUAUAUUUCCGUCACUACGGCCACCGUGACGGAUGUGUUUACCCUUACCCCGACCCCAACCACUGUCGUUGUGAUAUCGGAGACUACGAAGCUUAGGAAGUCCACCGUUACUGAGGAAGGCGAAACUGUCACUCAAUUAUAUACCGUAUUAAAUCCGACUACGGUGAUAGUGGACCCGACAAAUUCGCAAUUGAGCCUCAGAAAUCAAGGGGCCACAUUAACUCCGAACGCCAACUCGAUUGCUUUGACUACGCCCACACCUACACCUGUUGAAGUAGAAAGUAACCAUGUAAACAAGGGUGCGAUUGCUGGGGGUGUAAUUGGUGGAGUGGUUGGGGUGGCGCUCCUACUUACCGCAUUGAUACUGGCAAUUCGUUGGAGGCGCAAGAAACAGAGUUCUGGGAAUAUGUUGCGCCUCCUUUCACGCGCGGAUUCUCGAAAUCCACUCAUGUCUAAUCAGCCUGGCCAACAACAUCAUGUACAACAUCCGCACCUCGGAGGAAACCUAUUUCCUAAUGGCGCGAAUACACAUAUAAACCCUGGGAUGCACAAUGCACUCGGAUUUCCCGGAGCGUACAAUGCGCAGAUGGGCUUUCAUGCUCCACAGCCGCCGCAACAGGCUUAUGCGAAUAUGGCCAUGAUGGGCAUGGGUGCGCAGAAUGCGCAAGCACAGGCGGCGAGGUUACAAUUGCAGCAAAUCCAGGUCCGACAAGCUCAAGCCCGCGCACAUGCUCAAGCUCAGGCACAGGCCCAAGCGCAAGCUCAAGCGCAAGCUCAGCAAGCACAACAAGCCCAGCAGGUUCAACAGGCUCAACAAGCCCAGCAAGCUCAACAAGCCCAAGCUCAAGCCCAGGCUCAGGCUCAGGCGCAGGCGCAGGCUCAGGCGCAGGCUCAGGCUCAAGCACAGGCUCAAGCACAUGCACAGGCUCAAGCACAAGCACAGGCUCAAGCACAAGCGCAAAGUCAAGCCCAAUUGCAGGCGCAGAACCAGGCCCAACCACAAGGCCAGCAACGACAGCAAAACCAGGCGAUGCUCAAUAAUGGCGCCGGCCCUAGCACUAACUUCGCGCUAACCCCCGCCUCCUCAGAGGUAACACCGGAACAACUCGCCGUAUCGCAGGCGAAGCUCGCAGGUCUCUUGCAGCUGACCGAACAUGCUGGACCAACACAAUCUCUUGCUGUCACUGCGGCGGUUGCUCCACAUCUACCGCAAAUUCUCGCCCUUGCCAAGUCCGGUCACCUUAAUGCACAGCAAUUGGCACAGGCAAGUUGGACAUCGAAACUGGAACUUCCAAAGAGUAACGGAAAACCAAUUCCGAAUCAGCUACAGCGUCAGGUGCAGGGGUCACCUCAGGUUCAGGCCACCGGCAGCUCUUUCCCGAAUAGCCCUGCUAUGAUGAACGCAACCCCACCACAACCGGCCCAACCAUCGCAUCUUCAGAACGUGAAUUCCCAAAGUCCUCACCUGGGGCAGAAUGUGACGUUGAACCAGAAUCUUCAUGGCCAUAUGCAACCGCAUGCUCAAGUACAACAAAACCCGCCCCAGCCAAUGAAUCAUCUCCCGACCCCCCAACAACUACAUCUUCAGUCGCAGCAGCUCCAGGCGGGUCAGAAUCAUUCCCAUUUGAACCAGCCAUCGCAUCUACAACAGCCCCACAUCCAGAACCAGCCCCACAUCCAGGCUCAAACCCAAGGCUCUCCUGCACCCCCAAAUCAAGUAAUCGGAAUCAAGCGCAAAGCUCCGCCUGGUACUCUUACUUUGCCACCAAACGAAUUGGCGCAGCAACCCCAGCAGGCAAACAAUGUGAAUGGUGGCCAAGUAAAUGGCCUCCAACAAGGAGCGCAGGCCAACGGGACGCAAACGAAUGGCGUCAUUCAGGCGAACGGAAUCAACCAGCAGGCGACCGGUGCUCAAGUAAACGGCGUCCAUCAGCAGUCGAAUGGCACAGCUCCUCAGCAAAACGGACAGACGCUACAGCCGGUGAAUAAGCAAGUGCAAGCCGCCAUUUUGGAGCGCGCCAGGACCAUUGCUCGAAGCCAGGGUCGUGCUGACGAGGCCUAUAUACUUAACGUCGCGCGAGCACUCAUGGCCAGGUUUCAGCAGCAACAGCAGGAGCGUAUUCGUGCACAACAGGCUGCUCAAGCACAGGCGCAGGCGCAGGUGGUGGGCAUGCCAGGAGCGAGUCAAUCGCAAAUUCCAGCGCAGGCUCAAUCUCAACCCCCUCAACAGCAACCACAAACUCAACCGCAACAACAGCCACAACCUCAAGCUCCCGUGCAAGUUCCUCAGCAGUCGCAACAACCGCCAACUCUGCCUCAAACCCAGCCAAGUUCAGCUGCGUUAUCAGGCCAGCCUCAAAUCCAACCUCAAACCCCUGUCCAGGUGCCCCAGCCAACGCUCUCUCAACCACAACAGCCACAAGCGGGCCCUUCGACGUUGCAGCCACCACCCUCCGGUCCGAGCUUAUCAGGCAAUGCAGAAGCGCCAGCCACGUCCUCCUCCCAGACUCGAACGACCAGCGAUCCUUCCAUGGCGCAGAUUAAUAAUGUCUCACAGGCCGACGAAGCCAGUUCGACUUUCCAAACAAAUGGCGAGAGUGCACCUGGGACGGUAGCUCCUUCUUCCCCGCAUACUUUGAACGUUACGAAUCCGGGGCCCCAAACGUGGCCGGUUCCCAAAAAUCUGAAAACCUUUGGUUCUUUUCGAAUGGGCGCACGUCCAACGCUCUCCCAGGGUCUUGCUGGAGGCCCAGUUCUGGGCACUCCCAGCCAGCUGCUGCGAUUUGGAGCAGGCGAUGAAGCGCUAGGGCUCGGGAUUGGCGAUGCGGAGGCUGAGGAGAAGGAAGAUGCGGGUGCGAGUGUUGCGGCUAAGAAGGUUGGAUCAAUGAGUGAACCGGGUGUUGGGCAGCCCGGGAAACGAACGAUACAAGACUUGGUUGCUGAGCUGGAUCCCAGGGUGACGGUCGAUUACGAAAUGGAGAGUUAUUUGCUUGCCAGGGCGGACGAAUUCAUAGAUUCCGUAAUGCAUUUUGCUUGUCGGAUAGCGAAACAUCGAGGAUCAGAUCAAGUCGAACCGAGAGAUAUACAAUUGCAUCUUGAGCGUAACCACAAUAUCCGAAUCCCAGGUUUCGCGUCUGAUGAGAUCCGAGGUGCGCUCUCUCGACCGGCCGUCGAAGUAAAGCCCAAGAACGUCGGUGGCACGGAUAAGAGCAAGAAGAAGAAACUCAACCCCGAGGCCGCUGCGAGUUUGCGGACCGCACGAGUUGCGGCUGUGCAGAAUGCCCGUGGGAUGGGUAAGGAUUAG